ACUUAUGGCGUCCUUCAUUGCUGCAGUGUGAGAUGUGUCGUAAUUUCUCUUUCACUGUAUAAUUAGUUUUAUUUGAAUAUAUAAUAAGGGCUGAUGUCAUGGGUGUAAUUAGACAUGUGGUGUGCGCUAUGUCUGGAGGGGUUGACAGCUCUGUUAGCGCACUGUUACUCAAAAGAAUGGGCUAUCAUGUGACUGGUGUGUUCAUGAAGAACUGGGACUCUCAGGAUGAGAGAGGGGUCUGUUCCUCAGAGAGAGACUGUGAAGAUGCUUAUAAAGUGUGUAUGAUGCUGGAUAUGCCUUUCCAUCAAGUGUCAUAUAUCAAAGAAUACUGGCAUGAAGUGUUUAGUAAACUUCUUAAAGAAUAUGAGAAGGGCAGGACACCAAAUCCAGACAUAAUGUGUAACAAACACAUCAAGUUUAAGCACUUCUACCAGUAUGCCGUUAAUACUUUAGGUGCUGAUGCCAUGGCAACGGGACACUAUGCACGUACAUCCCAGGACGAUGAGGAGGUUUUUCAACAGAAGCACACUCCACCUCCUCGAACGCUCUUUAGAGACAGAUUUGAAAUCAGAAAUCCUGUGCGGCUCUAUCAGGGUGCUGAUCGCGUGAAGGACCAGACCUUCUUCCUCAGUCAGAUCUCUCAGGAUGCUUUGCGACACACAUUAUUCCCUCUCGCUGGACUAACCAAAGACUAUGUAAAGAAGAUUGCGGCUGAGGCAGGCUUUCAGCAUGUGCUAAAGAAGAAAGAGAGCAUGGGAAUCUGUUUCAUUGGAGAAAGAGAUUUUGAGGACUUUAUUCUUGAGUAUUUAGAGCCCAAACCUGGAAAUUUUGUAUCGAUUGAAGAUGGGAAAAUAAUGGGGCAGCAUAAAGGCUGGUUCACAUUAACUCUGGGUCAGAGAGCUAGAAUAGGAGGACAGAAAGACCCUUGGUUUGUGGUUGAUAAAGACAUCACAACUGGUGACGUAUUUGUGGGUCCAACGACUAACCACCCGGCUCUGUUACGAGACACAUUACAGACCGACCGCUUUCACUGGAUAGCUGAAGAGCCUCCUGUUGAACUUGUCCACACCCAAAUGAUGGAAUGCCACUUCCGUUUCAACAACAGGAUGCCUUUAACUCCAUGCACUGUCACCUUGAAUCUGGAUGGCUCAGUGUGGGUAAUAUUUAAACAACCAAUCAGAGCACUGACACCUGGCCAGUUUGCUGUGCUAUACAAGGGAGAUGAGUGUUUGGGUAGUGGGAGGAUUGUUCGUCUGGGACCCACAAAAUACACUCUUCAGAUAGGUGAAAACAUCCUGAACUGCCCCCCAAAAGACAUGAGCCAACAUCAUCCAGAGCCCGUUAGCUGAGGCACAUUCAGCUCUCAAAGCAGUAACUCCUGAUGUCUUGUACAUUUCAGGAAACGAACACCAAGGUCACAUCAGACUUCCAAUGACAAUAUUUUUACAAAUGCUUGAGACCAAGGAAAUACAGAAACCUUGAUAUUAUUUCUGAUGAUGGUUCGGACUGGUGUGUGUUCUUUGUUAUGAGAAUUUUAAUGCAGUUUUUGAAGUGUACUUAAUUUGGAAAUUGAAAUUAAUUUGUCAAAUAUAAAUAGUUGUUUACUUACUGAAUAUUGUUUAUGACUAUAAAUAGUUAUAAUGCCUUUAUUGUGCAACACAUUUUAAUCAAUGCAAUCUUUUGUGACAAAUAUAAAGAAACGUGGUCAGCAUUUUCACUGUCACCCUGUCCACACCGGAGCUCCAGAAGACUUUAGCAAUGUUUAAAUAGGUGAAUAACAAGUACACCCUAGUUUUUCAAAGGAGAACAUAAGAACAAUUCAUUAUAACAUAAUCAUUUUUGUAAUGUUAUUGUUGCUAAAACUGUACAUAUGUGGUUAGAAAAUAAAAAUAUGUAAAUUAGAUCAGAGACUAAACGCAUCACAAGCUGACUUUAAUCUAACGGUCAGAAGUUAUUAAAUAUGUAACGAAUAAAAUGAAU